AAUCCGCCAAGGAAUCGCAAAACCCUCCAUCGCCGUUUGGAUCUGUCUGUCUAUCUCUUAUCUUCUUCUUCUUAUACCCUUUGGACCAAGGAAGAACCCUAUAAAUCGAAUAACAAGAUGAAUAGGGAGAAGUUGAUGAAGAUGGCUAACACUGUCCGCACUGGCGGUAAAGGGACAGUAAGAAGAAAGAAGAAGGCUGUUCACAAGACGAACACGACCGAUGACAAGAAGCUCCAGAGCACUCUUAAGAGAGUUGGAGUUAACUCUAUUCCCGGCAUUGAAGAAGUUAACAUCUUUAAAGAUGAUGUAGUCAUUCAGUUCAUUAACCCUAAGGUUCAAGCUUCGAGUGCUGCUAACACAUGGGCUGUGAGUGGUACACCACAGACCAAAAAAUUGCAAGACAUACUUCCUCAGAUUAUCAGCCAACUUGGACCUGAUAACUUACACAACCUGAAGAAGCUAGCAGAGCAGUUCCAGAAACAAGCACCAGGUGGAGCUGAUGUUCCAGCAACUAUCCAAGAAGAGGACGAUGAUGAUGUCCCGGAACUUGUAGUGGGAGAUACUUUCGAGACACCUGCUGCUGAAGAAGCUUCUCAGCCCAAAGCUGCUGCUUCUUAGAGAAGGAAGAGCUCACCAGCACACCCCAUUCUAUGUUCUGUCGCUUUUUGCUUACCAUCUGUUAAAUGUGAGUUCCAUUCUAUGCCCUGUCUCUUCAAUCAAUCCUUAAAACAUAGUCUGUCGGAUUCUUGGUUCUGAUUAUUUACAUUAUCAGUCAACGUUUCAUACAUCUUGAUGGAAAAAACUGAAAUAUGUUACAUUUUUUUUUCCAAUUAUUGGACAAAUAUUGUAAAGGAACA